AUGGUGUCAGAAGUGAUGUCCAAUCAGGUAGACAUCAUUGUGAUCCCCAUUUUACAAAUGGAGAAACUGAGGCUUAAAGAAGUUAAUCUUGGCCCUGAAUUUUGUAUUCCAGAAAUCCCUGGCAGGAAGUAUCCAGACAAGACAGAUGCUGUAAAGGUACCAAAAAAUGGACAGUAUGACAGAUUGUUAGUGUUUGAUCCAAAGGAAAAAGUGAUGAUUGAACCAGAUGAAGAAAUGUCAAGUAAAUGCUUCUUUGGAUACAGACCAAGAUUGGCAAGCAAACUGUAUACUUCAACAACACAAGUCUCUCUAAAUGUAGCUAAGACAUUCUCAGAAAAGAAGGAAGUCUCUUUAAAGAAUAAUGAAAACAGAGUAUCAUUGAAGAGUACUGGAAAUAAAGAUACAUUAACAAAUCUACAGUCUAAGCUGUGGUCAUCUUCAUUCUUAAAAGAAGGCACAGGUACGGUGGACAAAGCUCUAGCCAUUGCAAAGCAGGAGAAAAAUAACAAAUAUUGCCCUCAGGACACUAAUGAUAAAUUGUCAGAAUCAACAGAUGAUGAUGGUGAACAUGAUGCCAAUGACAAUGAUGACAGUGGUAACCCUAAUAAGGAUACUCGUGCCCCAUUAGAGUUAAUGGCAGAAUUCUUGAGAGCAGAAAUGGACCGAGACUACCAUCUGGCGAAAAAAUUAUGUCAGAUGAUCCUUAUCUAUGAACCAGAAAAUCCUGAGGCCAAGGAGUUUUUCUCACUUAUUGAAGAAGUACUGCUGAUGGAGAAAACUCAGAGUCUUAAGGAAGAUGAUGAAGACAGUGAAGAAGACAGUAGCAUUGAGAGUGAAGGAGAAAGCACUGAGGAGCCGAGUGAAGAGAGCUCUGACGAAUGUGAAGACGGGUGAUGAAUGUUGGUUUAAGCUUUAUGCAUUUUCAUUAAUGUACACCAUGGAAUUUUCAUUAAUGCAUACCAUGGAAAUAUGAAGAAGAGAGCUGUGUUUUGUCUAAUUGUGCUUUAUA